AUGUUCGAGCGACUUGAUUGGCAACAGGCUUUAGCUGAAGUGCCGCUUGCCAUAUUGCCAUGCGGUUCUGGUAAUGGCUUGGCGAGAACUAUUUGCCACCACUACAACGAGCCGUACAUACACCAGAAUCUUACAGGUAUCUCCAUGGGUUUGGCUAGGGGCAAAACUACCCCAAUGGACGUCGUGCGUGUUGAAACGAAAACUAGUAUAAUGUUUUCCUUCCUCUCCGUUGGUUGGGGGCUACUCUCCGAUAUCGACAUCGAAAGCGAACGAUUGCGAGCGAUCGGUGGGCAGAGGUUCGCGAUAUGGGCUCUGGCGAGGCUCGUCGGAUUGAGGAAGUACAAAGGCGUAGUCAGCUACGCGAGGAUAAAGGACGUGGGUAAUCUUCCCAAGCCGAAACUGCCGGUGACGCUUAGCCAUAGCGUGAGCCAGGACGGGGCGUUAGAUUCGCCCGACGCGGAGGCCUUCAUCGACUGCGACGAGCACUCCGAAGUGUUCACCAGUGCGGUGAACGGUAGGCAGCACCAAAGGGUGGAUUCCUGGUACUCGGUGAACUCUAGGAGGAGCGCGUUCUACAGCACCAGGGGCUCAGAGUACCACAGCGUGACCAGCGACGGCUCCGAGAUGAGAUCGCCAGUGCACGCUUGCAUGCAUGGCCCCGCAUCCCACCUUCCCUCCUUAAUGUCCCAACUACCCUCGCACUGGGUGCACGAAGAGGGCGAAUUUGUUAUGGUCCACGUUUCGUACCAGGCUUACAUCGGCGAAGAUUUGCUAUUCGCACCACGUUCUCUAAUAUCGGACGGAGUAAUGUGGAUGCUCAUUAUAAAGGCGGGUAUAUCUAGGUCCCAAAUUUUAUCAUUCCUUCUUGGCAUGGGGCAAGGUACUCAUGCGGAUAUUAACACAGACUAUAUUAAAAUGAUUCCUGUGAGUGCAUUUAGAAUAGUCCCAGAGGGACCUAAUGGUUAUCUGACUGUUGAUGGCGAACUUGUAGAGUACGGCCCAUUGCAGGCAGAAAUUUUUCCUAACUUAGUCCACCUUCUGGUACCAGAUACAAAA